CUCCAUGUCUACCGCACGCGAGCGUCUUGCACUAGAAUUUCCGGACGAGAGUCCGUACAACGAAGAACUCUGGGAUUUCGAGAUAUUUUGGCGCGACCAUUACGACUGGCUCAAGGAUCGAGGAUAUCUCCUUCGUCCACGCUACCGUCCGGGUUGGGUAGCAUCCUGGAUUGGAACCACGAAGGAAGCACCUAGGUGUGAAGAUAAUCUGGUUCAGCCACUCUUUCCAUUAAAUCUUGACGCUAUUCGCGUUGCAGAUGGAAAACCUGUUAUGCUCAGACGCGCGGACCCUCCAUCAAUUUCGAACGAACUUGAAAUUGGACGUUUACUAUCAUCUAGAGAGUCACUAUCUGACCAUUGAAAUCACUGCGUUCCCAUCUACGAAUCUAUCGAACUUCCAAACGCGAAUGAAGAGGGCAGGAGAUGCAUCGUUGUCAUGCCGCUCCUUGUUCCUUGGGAAGAAGUUGAAUUUGAGACUGUAGGAGAAGUGGUUGAUUUUUGCGGUCAAGUUUUCGAAGGCUUGCAGUUCAUGCACAAAAUGAAUGUGGCGCACAAUGAUGCCAAGGCAAACAAUAUUAUGAUGGACUGGUCGCCUUUAUAUCCCACUCCCCCGCAUGCUCUGAGAACUUCCAUGAGAAUGGACUGGAAGGGACCAUCAAAACCCCGCAACCGCACACUCUGUCCUAUCAAAUACCAUUUCAUCGAUUGGGACUUGUCAAAGCAAUAUGAUACCCGGGGUGUUACACUACGAAUGCCGGGCUAUGGUGGUGAUCAGUCAGUUCCCGAGUUCAGAAGGAAAGAGCCAUGUAAUCCAUUUGCAGUGGAUGUGUAUUGUUUGGGGAAUGUUAUUCGACAGAAGUUUAUUGAGGGAGACCCGAUACUGUACGACCCGCCAAGACGAAAUGUCGAAUUUCUGCAAGAGCUUGUUUUCGAUAUGACCCAUGAUGACCCCAAGAAACGACCUACGAUGGAUGAAGUCGUUGCACGUUUUGAUAAAAUUCGCAAGGGACUGAGCUGGUGGAAAUUGCGAUCGAGGGUAUCGGACAAAACAAUACCUUUCAUUUUCCACCUUCUCUAUUCACCUAUACAUUGGAGUAUUCAGCUCACUUAUAUCCUUCGAAGAAUACCGGCGGUACCAAAUUAUACUGUUCAUGGUGAACAUUCUGGUGCCUAGUGCCAUGACCCAUUCUCAAAUUUGGUGUAACACCUCCGCUAGCUUUUGUCUGGUAUAUUAUGACACAGACUUUUAUUUUGUCCCAAC